AUGGCAAGAAUUGGUCCAUUGAUAUGGUUUUGGUCUUUAACUAUUUUACCAUUCACUGCUAUUAUUACAUUUAUUUUGACUUUGGUAGCAUGUAAUCAAGUUUCAAAUAAUGCGCCGCGAGAUGAAAAGUUUCCUCAAAUUUCUCAACUUGGUACUGGUCAGGCAUAUCCUUAUUUUGUUACUGGAUUUGUUAUUUUAUCAGUUCAAUUGUUUGUAAUUCUCCUUGGUCGAAUUCAAUUUCUCUUUCAAACUCAAUAUAUUGUUCAUCGUGGUGUCAUAAGUGUUGUUCAUGCUAUUGGUCUUCUCUCUACUGUUUUUCUUCUUCUUAUGGCUGCCGUAAAUGUUGAUAAAAAUUAUUCUAUUCAUAUCACUGGUGCAUAUGGCAUGUUUGGACUCAUUUCAUUCUAUUGUUUUCUUCAUACUGUUAUCGUCUUCUAUCUUUUUAUACAUCGAUUAGAUGCUCCACGACAUUCGAAUAUGCUUUGGCCACUAUGGUUUCUUCUCUGUAGCCUAAUACUUAUUGCAGGUUUUGUUGCUUGGAUUCUAACUGCGACAGGCAUUCCAGAAUACAUUGCUGCUGCUACACCUUUUCUCUAUUUUCUUGGUUUUGUACCACAGUUUUGGAUGCAAGCAAGAACCAAAAAACGAGAUUCCGUUUCAUUUGAGACAAUUGCAUUUUCGGAUCAAUCCGCUAUAUAA